AUGAGCUCAAGAACAAAGCGAAAAUUGAUGAGCCCAGAUGAGGAGAGAGAGCUUAUUGCGAAGCAUAAGAUCAACUUUCUUGGUCCUCUCCCUGUCUCUCACUGGCCUGCCCAAUAUGCGUCCUUAUUUAAGCUUUUUCGAGAAAUUGAAGGCGUCAAGUACGAUGGGUACCUCGGGGUAGCAAAGAGGCAUGCAGGUACACCUCGGGGUAGACAAAUGAGAGAAACAAUCUAUAACACUGGACUUCUCCAAUGUACUGCUGACGAUUGUCGCAGAUCGGGAGCCCAGGAACAAGAUUGGAGAGCAAAUACGGAGAAUCAUCUUUUUUGUCGCUUUAAAGAGGAUGUUACAUGUCACAGAUGUAAUAGAAACCAAUGGAUAUCUGAGUUUCAAGCUAUUCCACCGUGUCCACGAGCAGCAGACAAGGUCAGUGAGAUACGAAUGAAUAAGACUUUAUGCAUAUGUAGUGAAGAUGACAUACUCGCAAAACUUCAUGUUGUCAACCAAGCCUUUGCCGGGAAAAGCGGAGCCAAGUUCUAUGACCCCAAUAUACCUGACGCAGGUACUCGAAGGCCGGAUUAUCUACUAGGCCUUCGCCGAUCGCCUUCGCUAAGUCUGGCACAGGAAACUUACCCAGAUAUAGUGUGGUCACCUAUCAAGACUACAAGUGACUUACUCCUGCCUUUCCUUAUCCUCGAGGCCAAAUCAGAAGUAUCCGGAUUUAACUUCGAGGCCGUGGAACGACAAACUGCUUUUCCAAUUAGAUUAGCGGUCAAGUGUCAGAGGUCCUUCAAAGAAGAAUUUCAUAAUCCAAGCUAUUUGCCUUUGGUAUGGUUCAUUGCAUACAUAGGAGAUGUGUGGAAAGUAUACGCUUGUAUACCCAAUGGGGACACCACAGAAAUUAUUGAACUAUGGAAUGGCACCAUCCGGCGUGACGACAAUGCCCUGCAGCUUUGUUUAAUUAUCGACAUGAUAUAUGACUGGGCUUCAGACAUCUAUCGAGAAGACGUCAUUAAUUGUCUUUCUAGCUAUGAAUCUGAUUUCGACUGCACCAGAAGCGAGACGGAAAUAUGCAUAAGUCCGCCUAAUGUUAGUUCAUGGGAGGCCAAUUCCAUUAUUCAAGAUGCAAACAAAGUGAUUUUCACCUUUCGAUCUCUAUCUCUGCCCGAAACGUCCGAAGAGCUCGCCAUGAUCCUAUCAAUUUCAAGCCCAGCAAGCUUGAGGCAGAAUGCAGCAAAUCUGCUGCAGCUGUUCAAUUUAGAUCGCCCAAUCCAAAUCACUGCGAGCUUUAUCUCAGCCUUGAGGAAUAUGUGGACUGGGUCUAGCGAUACGGAGGAACACCCUUUGCUCCAGAGCAACGAAACCGUUUACGCCCACACAUCAUUCCGGUCAUAUCUCCGGCCCAGCGACUAUAGCAUAGUUCGAGAAAUUACCUCCAUCACCGGGUCUUCCGAUGCUCUAAGCUCUCUUUGGACGAUUGCCAAACUAGGCCAACCCAGCUUUCUAGGAAACCAGAAGUUACUCCUUCUAGGGUUAGACAGAGUCGCGGUUUUGAAAGAAAUGACAGGGUCAGAUUCUUUGAGAGCAGCAGCACGGAAUUCCUGUCUUACACUGACUAUCAUGAAAGACCAGUCGGGCUCACCGGUCUUUGACUGGAUGAAAGAAGACUCGCACGGCGAAUAUACAUCAAAUCUGUGGAUCAACCUUGGCCACCAUUCUUCUGGAAUUAUCAUGUCGCCGAUUUUCGGAUACUCGUGCGCAACGGAAAGGAUCUGCAGCUCCGAUGAAUACAUUGGAUCAAACUUAGAUGAGUUGCUGCGCUGGGCAGAUGGGGAGUGUUUCUUUGAUCGGGGUGCAGUUAUUUUCAAGACGCCAUUGACAUCGCGAGACAAAUGGCCAUGGUACUGUCUGACCGUCUUUGAUGACACUGAUCAAAAAGACCGGCCAAAUAUGGGCCGAAAGCUGUUACGCCUGCUAGAUGAAAGAGUUCUAGUUGAGGGUCAUUUGAUACGCAAUGUAACACCGGAGGACCAAGGUUUCAUUAGAAAUUGGGCCAAUGCUCUUUUGGAAAGAGAUUUGGUAGGAUCGUUUGGAGAUUCUUACCUCAACUACUAG